CCGGCCUCCCGGGGGCGUCGCAGGUUCGAGUCCCGGUGCGGGGGGCGGCGGCGGCGGCUCACCUGGCCGUGCCGGGCGGCGGCAGACUUUGCCUCCAGCCUCUAUAAAAGGUAACGGCGGCGUGAGUCAGGGCCGCCUCUUCCCCCGCCCGCUCUCACGUACGCGCGGCCGCCCGGGCAGAGCACGGAGCCGCCGUCCUGUCCCGUCCCGUUCCGUCCCGCAGCGCCCCGCACCGCGCUCCUCGCCGGAGAUGAGGCUGCGGGUCUCCCUCCCGGUCCCGGUGCUGGUCCUGAUCCUGGCCGCCACGGGCCGUGCCGCCGCCGGGCAAGGGCACGACGACGAGGAGUCCCUGCACUCCGAGGAGAGAGGUCCUGGUGACAGCCACUGGAGCUAUGAAGAACCAGAGCGCUGGGGCAAGCACUACCCGGCCUGCUCGGGCACCAUGCAGUCUCCCAUCAACAUCGAGACGGAGAAGACCAUCUUCACCCCCCAGCUGCAGCCCAUCCAGCUCUCCGGCUACAGCCUGCCUGCCAGCAAGAAGCUCAAGCUGAAGAACAACGGGCACACAGUUGUCCUGGAGCUGCCCGAGUCGCUGGCCAUCACGGGCGGCUAUGCCCAGCAGUACCGAGCCGUGCAGCUGCACCUGCACUGGGGCUCCCCGACGACGGCCGGCUCCGAGCACACCGUCAAUGGGAAGCGUUUUGCUGCAGAGCUCCACGUGGUCCACUACAACACCAAGUACGACAGCUUCACGGUGGCGAUGGACCGCCCGGAUGGGCUGGCCGUGCUGGGAGCCUUCCUGGAGGUGAGUCCCAAAGCCCAGCCCUGGGCAAGGAGGGGUGGGAGUGGGGCCGGGGUGGGCGCCAGGGGUAAUGCUGGGGACAGGCAAUGGUGCUGGUGCCCCUGGGCAGGAGGGUGCAGCAGGACAGGGUGCCCCUCGCAGGCAGCCAAACCUCCCUUUGCUGCUGUAUUGCAGGUCGGGCCGAGGGAGAACCCAUUCUACCAGGAAAUAAUCAAGCGUCUCCACAAAAUCCAACAUGAAGAUGAGGAAGUCAUGGUGCCCGGGUUCAACAUCGCGGGCUUGCUGCCCGACAGCCUGCACCUCUAUUUCCGCUACAACGGCUCCCUGACCACCCCUCCCUGCUUCCAGUCGGUGACGUGGACGGUCUUCAACCAGACCGUGAUGCUCUCCCAUGACCAGCUCUCGGUGCUGGUGACAAGCCUGCAGUACGACUACGGCAAACCCCUGCAGAACAAUUUUCGGCCGCUCCAGGACCUGCACAAGCGGUGGGUGCUGGCGAGCUUCGAGCCCACCUUCUCCCGGGAGAAGCAGGUGCCCACGGCGGGACAGACCAGCUCCUCAUUUCAUGCAGGGGACGUGCUGGCCGUGGUCUUCGGGGUGCUCUUUGCCAUCACGGCGCUGGCCUUCAUGUUCUACGUCUACAAGCACCGCAGCCAGAACGCACGGCUGGACUCGCCCACCAAAUCCAAGGUCAUCUACACGGCGGCCACCACCGAGAACACAGCGUGAGCCCCGCGGCUCAGCCCCGUCCCCUUGCUCCCGCCCCGAGCUGGGGGGGCACCAGCCUCCCCCAGCUGCACGGACUGUUCACCUGGGGCAACACCCAGCCCCGGCAAAUAUUUUUGUUACAAAAGACGAUAAAAACGUUAAUAAAAAAGGCCAAAAA